AUGACAAGAUCAAUGUUGUCACAUGAGAGCAAGAAGCUCGUGGUCGGCAUGGCUGGCGAUGGGGGUAACGACUGCGGCGGCCUUCGGGCGGCGCACGCAGGCAUGGCGCUGUCGGACGCGGAGGCAUCGAUGGUGUCGCCGUUCUCCUCUGGCCGCGACGGCAAGUCCUUGAUGACAGUGGUGGACAUGAUCCGCGAGGGCAGGGCUUGCCUGUCGACCAACCUGGCCACAUUCAGGUUCUUUAUGGUCUAUGGCUUCGUUCUGACCUUUGUGCGCACCUUCCUCCUGCUGCUCGGGAGCCUCAGCAUGGGCGAGUUCGUAUGGCUGACCAACGACAUUGUUUUUGGAAUCGUCAUGGUCUCCUUGAUGUGUCGAUCCAAGCCCACCGAUGCUUUAUGCAGCUACAGGCCGACCGCAACGCUGUUCGGGCUCAGGACUUUGUCGGCCAUCGCGUUUCCGGUCGUGUCUUCAGUUGUCUUUAUGGCCAUCUCCUACGCUGUGCUGUGGCAGCAGAGUUGGUACGUGUUCGUGAACGCCCUGACUGACUUGUCUAUCCCAGGAUACUUGUGGAUGCUGAAGGGCGACAACUACGACUCCUCCAUCGGGGUGGUAUUCCUUUUGGCAGUGCUGUCGACCACCGCAUUCGUCAACACCUACGGUGGGGAUUUCCGCCAGAACAUACGCCGCAAUUAUGGGAUCUCCGUGGCCUAUGCCGUCACGAUGGCGGGCGUGUACAUCAUGAUCCUG